UUGAGGGAACGCAACGUUCGAAUUUUGAUAAAUUUUGUUAUUUAUUUCUGUGUGCGCGAUUACGUGUUGAGUGCGGGGCAAAUAGCGAAACAGUUGGCAACAGAAAGCAGUUUUUGGCCCAUUGUGCGUCGGCCACGUCGACAAUGGCUAAUUAAAGGCAAUGCCACGCCACAAGUGACACACAAGUAACGCAGUGAAAUAAAUACAGAAAACACAAACAUCAAAAGCAAAAUAGAAUAUCAUAACGAUAUCGAAAAUUCACAAAUGCAAAAUACACAACGAAUUCAACACUUGGCAGGAAGCCAGCAAACGUAACACCAAAACAACAACAAAGCCAAAGCCAGCUAAUAAAAAAAAAUAAGCUAACACACGUCCAACGAUGUCUAGCGCCAGCCUGCUCGACGCACUGUGCAGCGGCAGCGGCGCUCGCUUGGCACUGGGCACCACUGUAAUUGCCUACCUAAUUGUGUAUAAUGAAGCCGCCGCGCCUGGCUUAAUCUUUGCCACACUCCUUGCCACCAUCUACGGCGCCAUGGCAGCGCGCUGUAAAUCGAGCUUGCGCAGCCUACAGAUGCCCUAUGUGCGGGCCACGAAUAAAUUCGAUUUUGGCUGCCUCUUUUUGGCCACCUGGAUGGAUGCUUUGGCCGCCAUGUGCGCUUGUGCCGCAUUAGCGCGCACAUUGAGUGCUUGCCUGGAUGCCAUGACGGGCGGCUUGGCGCGCAUUCUCAUACUAGGCCGCAAUUCACCUGCAAACGAACCCUGGCCGGAUGUGCUUGGCGUUGCUGUUGUCUUUCUCGUCACUGGCAUGUUUAUGCUGGGUCUCGAGCACUCGAAGGCCUUCAGUUUCAUCAUGACACUUGGCAUGUUUGGCUUGAAUGCAAUUCUCAGCGCCGUUGGCUGGUGGAGAGGGGAUUUUGCUGCCUGGUCAGAGAACUACUUUCAACCGAAUGGCAUUAGCAGUUUAUUUCUGGCUACCGCGCUGCUCUCCUAUGCCUUUCCCUGUGUCUGGCCUCCACAGAAUCGCAGUGGCCGCCUUACAGCUGUCAUGGUUUUAGCUCUGGUGAGCAUCUCGCUGCUCCUAACUGCCAUUUGUCUGUCCACAGUGGUGCACUACAAACCUCGAGAGGAUUAUGUCGCUGUGCCGCUGUUUAAUAUACUAGAUGACAGCGGAUUUCACAAGUUGGUGCCAGCUUCAGCCUGCAUGAUAUUGAUGACUAGCUCGGCAGCGUUUCUAGAGAUCUUUCCUGAGCUGUAUGGCAUUGUGGUGCGUCUGGCGACCUCCGAGUGGCGCAUACUCUCCAAACAGAUUAGCUACGAGAGCUCGGACAGCGGAAAUCCUGUGCUGGCUGUCUUUAUAGCCGGCAGCCUUUGUGCCAUGUUGGCCUUUGCCUGUCCUCUACAGCAUCUCAGCUAUACGCUUGCUGCCAGUCACAUUUGCUCGAUCUUUCUUCGUGCCUUCUACUUGCUCUACACGCCUUAUCGUCCAAAGUUCAUGCAACCCAAUAGCAGUGAAUCUUCGCUGUCAUACAGUCGCCUCUCCACGGCGCCAAUUGCCAAGAGCAACAGCAGCAGCAGCAGCAGUGGCCAAACCUCCAGUUCGAGUCGUCUCAAGCGCAGCCUGUGGAAUAUUGGAUUGUCAAAGCAAGGUGGCUUGAAGAAACCCAAGAAUAAGCAGCGUAAUAAGCCGGAGUUGGAGAAGGAAUGGCUGCUGCUGGGUGAACCAACUUCGCCUUGCCCGCAACGUGCGGAUAGAGAUGUCGAGUCCACCAUACUCUCUGAUGGCGAGCCACCGCCAUCUGACUUUGAGUACCCGGAUAAGUUCGACAAAAGCGACUCGGAUACCUCCACAGACAUAGACGCCAUUGUGGAUGAGUAUCGCCAAAAGAUAAAGGUCACCACGGCAGGACCUUUGGAGCGCAGUGUGCGUGUGCCAACCGUGAGUUCGUGGCGCGUGACGAUCUUCUCGAUCAUCGUCAUUGGCCUGGGCAUUGCGCUGUGUGUGGCAGGUUUGGUGUUGCACUGGGCACCAGCUGCCUUCACCGGGGCCAUUGGUGUGUUCAUUGUGGCCAUGAUGAUGGGCAUUAUACCGCAGUACACCGGCAGCGUGAUCAAUGUGAGUCCGGUGCUCUGUGGCAUGAGUCUACUGCUGAGCGUGAUCUUCUUCUCGGCCUGUGCACUGCACUCGUGGCCGGGAGUGCUUGUCUGGCUGCUGGCUGGACUUGUGCUGCUGAUGCGCUGUGAUAAAUACUGCUGCAAUUGCUUCGAGCACACAACCAUUCUCAAUGCCCAGCUGAUACCCAGUGUGUCGGGUAAAACAUCGAGUUCAGCGGGUGGCAUGACAGCAGCGGCAUCAUCCACAAGCAUAAGGAUGCCAAGACCGCCAAAGGGUGUGAUUAGUUUGCCGCAACGUGUGAGCGGGAUUAGAUGACAAUCAGAGUCCUCCGAGGAGGAGGGCGAAGAUCUGUUUCAUGAGGAUUUUAAUGUGCGCGAUUACGAUGAGGAGGAUGCCGACGAGGAUUGCUGGACUGAUUGAAGGACGCCUUUUUAAAUGUUAGCUAGGCUUUUCAAAAAUCAAUUAUAUUAUAAUAAUUUAAAAGAAGAAAACACUCUCAGCUUAAAGCUAGUAUUACUAU